AUGGCACGUCGAGUAUGCCUGAAAAUGGCAGAGCUCCAAGAAAUGAUAGAUAGUUGGAGCGAUGAAGAAGAUGAUGGAAAUCCCACGGAAGUGGUGUACAUUCCACCAGCAACUGUGGAUCAAAUGAGUGAUGAGGAGACGCUUGACGACGAUGAAAUGCCAAACGACAAUCAAAAUGACCUUUUGACCAAUGAAAUGCCAGGAAGUUUUGAGAUCCAGUACAGUUGUGGCGUGGAUGCUGAUACUGAACCACCGGCACCGAAGAAGAAAAAAAGUGAAUCAACUGAAGCAGGUGCUGAAAAACACACACCAUUGAGUGACUUUGGUGUUCCAAAAUGGCGCAAACCGGUCAAUCUCACAUACAAACAGGAAGCUGAGUCCGAAGUUCCGUACGAAAACGCGGUGGAAUUAUUCGAACUGUUCAUCGAUGACGCUGUUUUGAAUGACAUUGUGAACUUCACAAACAAAUACGCAAACGACAACAACGUUCAUGAAAGUGUGGCCAACAUCUUUGAACUGAAACGGUUCAUUGGCAUUUUACUGCUUAGUGGUUACCAUACGCUGCCACAAGUCAAAUUAUACUGGUCGAAGCAACAGGAUUUGGGUGUACCAAUCGUACAAAAGGCAAUGAGUCGGAGUAAAUUUCUCCAAAUCAAACGAUUCGUGCAUGUGUGCGAUAACGAUGAGCUCGACAAAGACGACCGGUACGCAAAAGUGCGCCCGUUAUUGGACAUUUUGAACGAACGUUUCGUUCAAUUUGGUGUAUUUCACACAAAUCUUUCAAUCGAUGAACAAAUGGUGCCUUACUACGGACGCCACUCGUGCAAAAUGUUCAUUCGUGAUAAACCGAUUCGUUUCGGAUUCAAAUACUGGUGUAUCUGUAGCAGUGAUGGAUACUUGUACAAAGCAAUCCCGUACACUGGAGCAUCGGAGACUUACGACAAGCAAAUUGGUUUGGGAGCACACGUCGUACUGGAGCUACUGAAGAUUGUUCAAGAGCCCAAAAAUUAUCGAGUGUUUUUCCAUAAUUUCUUCUCAUCAUAUUAUUUGAUGUGUUUGAUGAAUGAACGUGGCUUCCUGGGCUGUGGAACGAUUCGGAAAAAUCGAAUGCUAAAUGUCAACUUGAAAAGUGGCAAAGAACUGCCUCGAGGCAAUCACGACUACCGAUUCGACACGACCAACGAAAUUUUCAUGGCACGUUGGAACGAUAACGCUGACGUCAACAUGAUCACAAACUUUGAAACGAUUGAGCCAUUGAAAACGACCCGACGGUAUGAUCGAAAGCAAAAGCGAAUCGCAGCAUUUCAUCAGCCGCACCUUAUCAAUUCUUACAAUCAACACAUGGGCGGCGUGGAUUUGCAAGACAAUGCAGCAGCGAACUAUCGGGUCAAUUGCCAACCCGUUCAAACCGUUAUCACAAAUCGAAUUCCGUUCCAAAAUCACCAAGCACUUGAUCACUCCUUCGAGAAAGAGUUUGCCAGUGACGACGAGGUCGAUAUGGAGAAUGAUGACAUUGACGAUCCUGAUUAUGAACCUGAUGGACUGGUGAUCGUAAAGCAUACGCAACUUGGCGUAACAUCACCAAACCAGCAUGCAAUACUGCCAGGCGCUGAUGAUGGAAUUAAGGAGAGUCAACCAAUGGACAUCGAUAAAUCAUCAACUCAUGUCAAUGUCGACCGCCAAAGCAACCGUAUCCAGACAACCGGGGAAGACACUUUCAAAAGGAACUUCUCACGACGUGGCGUCACCGAAAAUAUUUCCGAGCCCAAAUUCAAACAACAACGCAUCAACAAAAUCAUAGAUCAAGAGAUAUACGAAAAAACUAUCAUCGACGAUGACAGCUUUGAAGAUUUUGCAGAGGCCGAAUCAUGCUCCAACUCGAGCAUUUUUUUAGGCGAUUAA